CUGUGCGGAGGCGCGGGCUCCAGUCGGGGGCUGUGCGGAGGCGCGGGCUCUGGGCUCCCGGCUCCAGGCGGCGGAAGCGGCGCCUCCAAUCAGGCGGCGGGCUCGCGACCCUCGGCGCACCCGGCCGGCGCUGCCCGCCCCGCGGACUGACGGACGCGCCGGCUCGCCCCCGCCCCCGCGCCCGCCCCCGCCUAGUCUCCCCGGGCUCGGGCUCGGCUCAGACUCCGCUCUGCUCUUCUCUUCUGCAGCCCUCGCUUUCCCUGCCCGCAGCAGCUCCUCCUCGGCUGCGCGGCGGCGGCGGCGGCGGCGGCGGAGGCGGCCAGCUCGGCAGCUGCAAGCGACCACACACACAGGCGGCAGCGGCAGCGGCAGCGGCGGCGCCGAGGAUGAAGUGCAAGCCGAACCAGACGCGGACCUACGACCCCGAGGGCUUCAAGAAGCGCGCCGCGUGCCUGUGCUUCCGCAGCGAGCGCGAAGACGAGGUGCUCCUGGUGAGCAGCAGCCGCUACCCCGACCGCUGGAUCGUGCCCGGCGGGGGCAUGGAGCCCGAGGAGGAGCCGGACGGCGCGGCGGUGCGCGAGGUGUACGAGGAGGCGGGAGUCAAGGGGAAGUUGGGCCGGCUGCUGGGCGUCUUCGAGCAGAACCAAGAUCGCAAGCACCGGACCUACGUGUUCGUGCUCACCGUCACCGAGCUGCUGGAGGAUUGGGAAGACUCGGUCAACAUCGGCAGGAAGCGAGAGUGGUUCAAGAUCGAAGAUGCCAUCAAGGUCCUCCAGUGCCACAAGCCCGUGCAUGCCGAGUACCUGGAGAAACUGAAGCUGGGCGGCUCCCCGACUAAUGGAAACUCAGCCGCCCCGUCCCCGCCGGAGAGCGAGCCCUAAUGAACAGAAACCAUGUUCCAGAUUACACUGAAAUAAAAUCAUUGAUGUGAAUCCAGUAUUCAGUGGUAUUGUCAAGUUCACCGGAGCACUUUUAAGGUUCCCAGGAAGACCACCCAUCUGGUUUUCCUUCUACAUCUUGGAACACUCCUCUGUCUAUUUUACCAACAUUUUUUGCUCUGGUUGUUGUACUAUUGUAUGUGAGCGGACUUAAUUCAGCACCUAUAGCCUUUUGUUGUGCUUUUCUGAUGUGUCUGCCUUCUUCAUUAGACUAUUACCUUUGAGAGCAAUGACUAUUUUUCCUUACUCUGCAUAUUGUGCAUCCAAGACAUUACUUGAAAUAUGGUUGGCAUCACUGGAGGUCUUUGAUUCAAUUAAUAUUUUGUAAUCUCUUUGUGGCAAAGCAUUUCCCUCCCAAUCUGGUGCUAGUAGAGUAUCUGCUGUCUCAGCACCAUGUGUGUAGCUCAUGUGCAUUAGGUGUUUCAUAAACAUUUCAGGACAGUUGAAGAUGUUCCAGGACAAGAAUUAGUACUCAUUUUAUGCCAUACCAUACAAUGGCUGGUACGGUUUUAAUAUUAUGGCAUCACUGAGGGUAACAUUUUAUAGAAUUAGUCCUUCAUGUAACAACUUUAGUGUUUUUGUACUGUUGUUAAUUUGCUUAAAAUUUUAUUCAAAAAUAUCACUUGCUAUAAAGGUAAUUGUAAAGACACUACAAUGAAAACCUAUAAUUGUGAGUUUUUAUAAAAAUAAAUUUUAAAAUAAUAUACAAAUAAUACAUUUAAUUUUUUGCAAUGCUCUAUUUCUUAAAUGUCAACAUUUCCUUGCAGAAAAAUGCUGAUUUUUUUUAUUUUCAAGAUUCAAUAUUCUGUAAUGUUUGAUGGUGAGCAUGAAGACAACCUGCUUUCAAAGCCGUUUGCAAAGCUCAUUAUGCCGUUUCAUUGCCUAAGUGUCUUUUGCCCCUCUCACUGUUCCUGUUGCCUGUGGUUGUCACCCCUUUCCUAGCUUCUCAGUACCACAUGCUUUCUGCAUGGAAAUUUGCAAAGGGCUGAGAGUGCUAAAUUGGUGUGACUUAGAAAGGCUUCAGGAAGAAAGACUGCUGUAAAAGAGGAACCCAAAAUGAAGAAUUGAAAUGAGGGAACUUGGUUCAACUCUUUCCAGAAGAAUAAGUUUAUGAUAAGGAUAAGGAAAUUUUACAGUUUUGCCACAGGGUGUGUGAUGUCAAUACUCUUACUCAGCUCAUUACAAGGGUUCCAAAGAGGUACUAAUAUGGCUGUUGUGUUUUACUUUUUCAUCAUAAACCAUUAUAUUGGGAAAGGCUUGAACUCCAAUUUAGUGUUAACACCCUUCCUCAUGGUACCAGUGAGAUGUAUUGUGUCCCCAUAUCUUACAGACUUUGAAAUAAAACCACAUCUUAUAAUUUACUGGAGUUUCUAUUUGUGAUAUGUACUGUGGUUUUGCUUUCUAAAGAAGCCCUUAUCUUUUAGAAAACUGUACUGAAAAUUUACAGAUACGCUACUGUUAUUUGCUUCAAUAUAAUCAGGGUGGUAUAAGUUUGUAUAUAGAUGAAACAAGAUUGGCUCUGAUUUGAUAAUUGUUGGAGCUGUGUGACAGAUGUUUGAGAAUUCAUUAUUCUCUAUACUUUUGUAUAUGUUUGAAAUUUUCCAUAAUAAAAGUUGCAAAGAUGUA